AUGCGGACCUUCAUAACAUCAUAUUCCGAUAAGAACGAUCCAAUUGUCAUCGCAAAGCUCUCUCUUGAGCUGAUCACGUUCUGGAAGUUCCCAAUUUCAAAAUUUACUAAUACUCAAAUUCAAACGAUUAUAGAUCACUUCACCAAAAAGCCUGAUAUAGAAUUCACCGAUGAACAGAAUAAUUCUUCAGAUGAUUUAUCCGAAACUGAGGUAAGUAUACCUACUGAAUCGAUUCUUUUAGAUUCACCCCAAGAAAACGAUAAAGAUUCAGAAUUACUAGAAGUUGAAGUAAGUGCGUCAUCUUCAGAUAUCAAGAAAACUUUACCGGAAUUUGAGAGACUAGAAAUACGUUUUAAUAUUAACAGUUAA